AUGAUCCAGGAAUGCUACAAGAACGUGGCAGCGAGAGUAAGGAACACAGUGGGUACGACGGAACACUUCGAAGUAAAGGUUGGCUUACACCAGGGAUCAGCACUUAGCCCACUGUUAUUCAAUAUAGUGCUUGAUGUCAUCACGGAAAAUGUAAGAGAAGAAACACCAUGGUGCGUAUUGUACGCUGAUGAUAUUGUGCUAGUGGCAGAAAGUAGAAGAGUACUAGAAAGGAAACUAGAAGAAUGGAGGUUUGUUUUAGAAAGCAGAAGAAUGAGAAUAGGCAGGUCCAAAACAGAAUAUUUCCCCACAGAUAUAGAUGGCGACCAACUAGCCACAAUUAAGAGAGUCCCAAUUAGACUCAAAGGUAAGGUGCAUAAGACCGUAGUCAGACCAGCCUUAACUUACGGCCUAGAAGCAGCACCAUUGAAGAAGUUAGAAAAAAAGAAGUGGGACGCAGCUGAGAUGAUGUUGAGAUGGAUGGUUGGAGUCACAAGGAGAGAUAGAAUAAGAAACGACUACAUCAGAGGCACAGUGGAAGUAAUGGAAAUUUCUAAGAAGAUUUAG